CCUUUCCCUUUUAAUUAUUGGGUUUUUACUAUUUUAUUAAUUAUAUAUUAAUUUCGGUUGAUGAGAACCAGUUUUGCUUUUCUCCAUUUUAAUUCUUCGCCGGCUAAGAAGUCUUCUCUUUCACACCCCACUACUCUUUCAUUCUCAUUCUCAUUCUCGCAGCUGCCAUGGAAAAAUCUAGGUUUCUUACAACGUCUUCCUCUUCCCUGUUCUUUCUUUGUUUCUUUGGUGUUGUUCUUUUUCUCUGUAAUUUUAACCACCUACCUAUUUAAACAAACUUCUUAAUCUACUUAUUAUGGCUUUCUUUUCUUUUAUUAAAGUUUCCUUUUUCGAUCUUCGGAUUAAUCAUUGCCAGUUUAAUUUGAACCCUGUCUCGCUCUCAAACGAGAAAAUCUGCUGAGGAAUCAAAAAGUUUGAAGAUUUCUUUUAUUUUUGUCGAGACCCAUCUCGAAUUUUCUUUUCUUUUACGAUGGGUUUUUGGGGAUCUGCUUCUUGGAGAUAGUAUUUCCAAGUUCUAUGAUGUUUUCUCUUUUGGGUUUCUAGAGUUUUGAGAGAAUUAGGGUUUGGUCCUUGAAUCGGGGAGACAUGGAGGAAGUUGAAGAAACUAACAAAGCUGCAGUAGAGACAUGCCAUAAGUUCCUUAGCCUCCUAUCUCAAUCCCAGGAUCAGGUUCAGUACAGAAAAUUGAUGGUGGAAGCUGGGGAAGCUGUGUUCAAGUUCAAGAGAGUUGUGUCUCUCCUCGGCACUGGUUUGGGUCAUGCAAGAGUUAGAAAGUUCAGAAAAUUUCAAUCUCAUAUUCCCCAAAACGUCUACCUUGACAACCCAAUAUCUAAAGUUGACUCUUCACCCAAUCCUGUCCAACUUAUCCAAGCUACUAAUUUUCUCGACAACCCAGUCCAGGUAGCCGAAAUAGCUAGGAAUUCGAAGAUACAAUUUACCCAGAAAAUGCUUCUUGAGAACCCGGCGCUGGAAUUGGCUUCGGCUUCUAAGAAUCCUAUCCAACUAGCUCAGCAAACCCCAUCUACUCAGUAUCAAAUCUUCCAACAUCAUCAACAACAACAAAGGCUUCAGCUUCAGCAGCAACAGAUGAAAUUCCAAGCUGAUAUGAUGUACCGCAGGAGCAACAGUAUAAACCUCAAGUUUGAUAGCUCUAGUUGCACACCCACCAUUUCAUCCACCCGAUCUUUCAUUUCAUCUCUGAGCUUGGAUGGUAGUGUGGAUGGAAAUUCCUUCCAUUUAAUCGGUGCACCUGAGUCAUCCGACCGGAACUCUCAACAGUCUUCCAAGAAGAGGUGCUCUGGCCGAGGAGAAGACGGGAGUGUCAAAUGUGGAAGCAGUGGUAGAUGCCAUUGCUCCAAGAGGAGGAAACUUAGGGUCAAGAGAUCCAUCAAGGUGCCUGCCAUCAGUAACAAGCUGGCAGAUAUCCCUCCUGAUGAAUAUUCUUGGAGGAAAUAUGGGCAGAAGCCAAUCAAGGGCUCCCCACACCCUAGGGGAUACUAUAAAUGUAGCAGCAUGAGAGGUUGUCCUGCAAGGAAGCAUGUUGAGCGGUGCCUAGAAGACCCCUCAAUGCUUAUUGUUACUUAUGAAGGUGAGCAUAAUCACUCCAGAUUGGUAUCCCAAUCUGCUCAAACAUAAGACUUCAUAGUACACUUUGCAAAGAUCCCUUUAAAGCCCCACUGCUCGUGUUUAUCCACGUCAACUGGUUGUGAAUUGCUUCUGUACAUAAUAUGUAUGGUUCAAGCUUGAGAUUACAGAUGAUGGGGUAGUAUGCUGGCAAGGGGAGGAGGCUUUCAGGUUUUUUGACGUUCUUGGCGCAGGCAAGUAUAUUAAAGCACAGAACCAUACUAAACCUCUACAAUGAAAAAGGGGUUGGAAAUUGUAAGAAUACAGUUCUUCUGUGACAACCAAAGAUCUAUUUCUCAGUAGGGGUUUCUGAAUGAAUGCCAGUCCCUGAAGCAUGCAAUUUGCGCAUUUUAAUGUUCUAUGCUGGAAUUGGAUCUAGUUUCCCAAUAUAUUACUUCUUUUUAGCA